AUGACGAUGGUCAUUGAAAACCAGAACCGCCAGUACGGCGGGAUGGGGUUUGACAGUGUGUACCAGCAUAGUGUUCCGCACCACAGUCAACCACCACAAUUCACAGACCCUUGGGCUGCUGCUCACACCACAUCAUCUCACUCGACUCCCCCGGUCUACGCGACUUCGGUGGGCAUCAAGCAAGACGAAGGCAGCCGACCCUCUCACAUCUCCAUGCCAUACUCCAUGUCGGUUUCCGCUCCAUCAAUGGUUGCCGGAAGCAACUAUUCCACGGCCGGCACAUCUACGAGCUAUCCCGCCCCCGAGAUGAUGGGACUCGCUCAUGACAUUCCUCGCACAUCUUUCGAACAAACGCCUGCAUACACCACAGCUCCGUCAAUGAGCAGUUUCGCACCAGGGAGCUAUGCACCAAUCAGCUACGCCUCUCAUGUUCACCAGGACAGCCGCAGAAUGUCCCAUGCUGAUGCUGCCCGUGUUGCUCCAUCGCAACCCACAUCCGGCCCAACAUUCGGCGAUGCGCUUGACGCGAGUCGCGGAAUGGUGGCGCUCAGCCAGGAUUUGACCCCCCGGAAUGUGUAUGGCCCUCGGGGUUCUCGAGGCUCAGGAGAUUCCUACGGGUUCCCCUUGGCCCAUUCCGCUGGGUCAUCGAUCUCAUCUGCGGGCUCAUAUCCAUACUACAGCGCUUCCGUGGCGUCGGUUGAGUCAUCGGUCACCGACUACAGCUCCACGACUUCAGAGUCUUACGAGAAUGGUCAUCUGUCACGAACACUCCCACGCCCGUCGAAUUUGUUGGCCGGUAGUGCUCCCCCGGGGCCCCAGUCAAUGAUGAGCCAAUUUAGCUCAAAGAUGCCGUCCAACACCCAAAAGAAGCACAAGUGCAAGGUGUGUGACAAGCGGUUUACCCGGCCCUCGUCUCUACAGACCCAUAUGUACAGUCACACUGGCGAGAAGCCAUUCGCAUGUGACGUGGAAGGUUGUGGCCGACACUUUUCGGUCGUCUCAAACCUGCGCCGACACAAGAAGGUCCACAAGGGCGGCAAGGAGACUGGCUCGGGCGAUGACGAAGAGUAA